AUGAGAAAUUCUUAUUCAGAUGAUGAAGGUUAUUAUGAUACAAAUAAUAGAAACCAUCCAGAGGAGAGUGAAAACAAUUAUUUGUCACUUCCAAAGAAGAAUGAAAAUAUAUUUAGGGAAGAUGAUAAAUUGUCCAAUCAAUUCUACAUAGAUGGUCUUGUGAAUCGAAAUGAGGAUAGUGAUGAUGAUGAACUGACAUUGGAUAAUAGAGUCGAAAGUUUUGAAAAAUGGUCAACUAAAAUUAGAAAUUCAUAUAACCCCAUAUCGCCUGAUUUAUUAGAUUUAGAAGAGAUCAAUGAAAAGGAAGGACUAAUUUUUAAACAUUUGAACUAUAAAAUUACGAUAUUAAAUGAUAUCCCAAAUACAAACGCUACAGCAGGUAAAUCAGUUAUUAGAAGAUACUCAGAUUUUUUAUGGUUACGAAAUGUUUUAUUGAAAAAAUAUCCUUUUAGAAUUAUUCCAUUAUUACCACCAAAGCAUGUCGGACUACAAAGUCCAUCUAAAAUAUUUCUUGACGCAAGGAGGGAUGGUUUAUCAAAAUUUAUUAAUAUGGUAGUUCGACAUCCGGUUCUAAAAAAGGAGGAAUUAAUGUCAACGUUUUUGACGGUACCUAUCGAAAUAUCUAGUUGGAGAAAAACUGCAUUAUACGACACUUCUGAUGAAUAUCACGAUAAAAAAGUGAAAGAAGAAUUUAAAAGGAUAUUUGUGCCAUCAUUAAUGGAUGAGUGGAAUUCAUUGCCAAAAUCAUUAAAUAAAUCCAUCAUAUUAUGGAGUAAGCUUCUCAAUCUUGUCGAAAGGCAUCGUUAUAAAGAAUAUCUAAUUGCAAAACACAAUUUGCUUUUUAAAAACAAUUUAAAUGAAUUUACAAUCCAAACAAAUGCAUUAUAUCCUACCACUUUCAGUAAUACCACUCACAAUAUAAAUGAUCAUUUAAAUGAGAUUGGAAAACAUCUAAGUAAAUCUUCCGAAUUGCAAGAGAAGGAAAAUUUGGAGAUGGUUAACAGACUAAUACCAAAAUUUAUUACAUAUGUUAUUACAUUGAAAUCUUUACAAAAACUCCGCCAACGUUAUGAUAUAUUAGCAACAAACAGCAUAGGUAAUCUCCGAAAACGAGUAUUACUAAAUGAAGAAAAACUAGAGUCAAUGAAAGGCAAACCAGAUGUCAGUGGUGUAGAAUAUGAUACUAUCCUAAUUCGUCUAAAUCAAGACAAAAAACUUAUUGCAGACCAAAUCAAUAGAUCUUGGUUAAUCAAAAAAACAAUAUUAGAAGAAUUCAUUAUUUUUCAACAGACACAGUUUAUGAUCACUGAAACUUUUCAAGAAUGGACUAAUUUGCACGCAAAAUAUCAUGGGCUAGAGCUUAACGAAUGGGAAGCACUUGCGGUGGACUUAACUAGAAUGGCAACCAUAGAAUAA